CCGGAAGUGAGUGGGCUGGGAGCAGCAGGCGCGACAGGGCCCAGGCUGACGGGGCGAGGAUCGGGCCGAAGACGACGUGGGACGAAAUCACUCCCAAAUGCCUGGACAUUCCUCAUCGGAUUACUGGGUUUCGAGCAGGGCCCUGUGAGCCACCUUCCCUCAGCCUUCAGCCCAGCCUGACUGAAAGAUGUGGAAAGCCUCUGCAGGCCAUGCUGUGUCCAUCACCCAGGAUGACGGGGGAGCCGACGACUGGGAGACAGACCCCGAUUUUGUGAAUGACGUGAGUGAAAAGGAACAAAGAUGGGGCGCCAAAACUGUGCAAGGGUCCGGGCACCAGGAACACAUCAACAUACACCAGCUGAGAGAGAAUGUCUUCCAAGAACACCAGACCCUCAAGGAGAAGGAGCUUGAAACAGGGCCAAGGGCCUCCCAUGGCUAUGGCGGGAAGUUCGGUGUGGAACAGGACAGGAUGGAUAAAUCUGCUGUUGGCCACGAGUACCACUCGAACCUUUCCAAGCACUGCUCGCAGGUCGACUCUGUCCGGGGUUUUGGAGGCAAGUUUGGUGUCCAGAUGGACAGAGUUGAUCAGUCGGCUGUGGGCUUCGAAUACCAGGGAAAGACUGAGAAGCACGCCUCGCAGAAAGACUACUCCAGUGGCUUCGGUGGCAAAUAUGGUGUGCAGGCUGACCGUGUGGACAAGAGUGCAGUGGGUUUUGACUACCAGGGCAAGACCGAGAAGCACGAGUCACAGAAAGAUUAUUCCAGAGGCUUCGGAGGCAAAUUUGGAAUUGACAAGGACAAAGUCGAUAAAAGCGCUGUUGGCUUCGAGUACCAAGGCAAAACGGAGAAACACGAGUCCCAGAAAGACUAUGUGAAAGGGUUUGGAGGAAAAUUUGGUGUGCAGACAGACAGACAAGACAAAUGUGCCCUUGGCUGGGAUCACCAGGAGAAAUUGCAGCUGCACGAAUCCCAAAAAGAUUAUAAGACUGGUUUCGGAGGCAAAUUUGGUGUUCAGUCCGAGCGGCAGGAUCCCUCCGCUGUGGGGUUUGAUUACAAGGAGAGGCUGGCCAAACACGAGUCCCAGCAAGAUUACUCCAAAGGAUUCGGCGGAAAGUUCGGGGUGCAGAAGGAUCGGAUGGAUAAGAAUGCAUCCACCUUUGAGGAUGUCUCCCAGGUGUCCUCUGCCUACCAGAAGACUGUCCCUGUCGAGGCUGUGACCAGCAAAACCAGUAAUAUCCGAGCCAACUUUGAAAACCUUGCCAAGGAGAGAGAACAGGAAGACCGGCGGAAGGCGGAAGCAGAGAGAGCUCAGCGGAUGGCCAAGGAGAGACAGGAGCAGGAGGAGGCCAGAAGGAAGCUGGAGGAGCAAGCCAGAGCCAAAAGGCAAACACCCCCUGCGUCCCCCACUCCCCAGCAAGCUGAGGAGAGACCACCCUCCAGCCCCAUCUACCAGGACGCAGUCCCAUUCAGGGCAGAACCAAGCUACCGAGGCCCCAUGGGCGGGAGUGAGCCUGAGCCUGCCUACAGCUCCAAGGCUGAAGACAUCCUGGAGGCCGGCAGCCAGCAGGAACUGGCCUAUACCCCAGAGGCUGUCUACGAAAGCACAGAGGCCCCAGGCCACUACCAAGCAGAGGAAAACACCUACGACGAGUAUGAGAACGACCUGGGGAUCACGGCUAUUGCCCUCUACGACUACCAGGCUGCGGGCGAUGAUGAAAUCUCCUUUGACCCUGAUGACAUCAUCACCAACAUUGAGAUGAUCGACGAUGGCUGGUGGCGCGGGGUGUGCAAGGGCAGGUAUGGGCUCUUCCCAGCCAACUACGUGGAGCUGCGGCAGUAGGUGGCUGGCCGAGCCACGGCGCAUUCACACUACAGAUGAGAUCAGCUCAGAUCAUGCCUUCGCUGGUUUGGGGUUUGUUUUUCUUUUGUUUCUUUCUGAGGGGGGAGGGGAAUACAUACUGCUUUUAUAUUUAAUACUUUUGCUGAUGCUUUUGAACAUGUCUAUGCCACAGAAUUUGCUAAUAUAUUGUAGUUGUGUUCCUUCCUGGGACUUGGGUAAUUAUUUUUAGCCAUCGAAGGUAUUUUCUUUUUCUGCAAAAUUGACUCACGUGCAGCCACUUCAGGGGCCUGUGGCUCUCCUGAGGUCAGUAGUGCAUGUGUCCCUAUGUCCAUCAUGACAGCGGGGUCCCUUCAGGACUGGCUGAGAGCAUCACAGCUGUGUCUGUGGCCCCAAUCUUGGCCAUGGGGUGUCAGGCCGGCCUGGCUGCCCCAGGUGAGGUGGCCGUCUGGAGUCCAGCAGAAGAGGACGGGGCCUGAUAAAGUCAGAAUGCAAGUAAACCUCCGGAGAGGACAGUAGCUCUGCCGUCAGAUGGAAAACCCCAGUCUCCAUGCUGUGAGCUGCAGUGUCUGACAACUUUGAGCUAGGACCCCUCGCUCUCUGCCGUGCCGCCUCUUAUCUUGUCCUUGUCUCACCACCUGCCCUCACGCCCCAGUCUCCUGUUGAACCUCUCCUCCUGUUCUGCUGUGAAGGGCCGCCGACUUCUUACUGUCCCCCCUCAUCUCAGUUCCGGGCCCGCGGCGAAAGGCUCUGUCAUGGUGAUGCCCCUGAUGCUCGUGCUGGGCUUGGCCUGCCAGUGCAGCUUGGGCAUAGCCACCAUCAUUUUGGAUGGCUUGGCCCACGCAACCUGGUGUGGUGGUGUGUAUGUUGUGGCCACAUGGCCUCUUGGCUGCGGGGAAGCAGGUGCUUUUGGGGCGCACUGCAGAAGCAAGCUUCACCAGGGGAGCCGUGCUGUUCAGGCAAAAUACGAUCUGUCAGACUAAGGUUCAGCCGGCUGACUUGGCUGAACUAUAGCGUGAACAAGCCACCCCGCUCCAGGGAGCCACCUUAGCUCCUCUUGGAGUGGCCGUCUGGCCUGCCUGACUCACGUGGGGUCACGUAUGUCCUCCUGAGACACCAGGAGGCUGGACCAGUCCACCAUGCAAUUGGGCAGACAGCAUGUCCUUCAAACAGAUCUUGGGUGUCUGGUUGGGGUGCAAGAAGCCUCCUCUCGCCAGGGCACUUCCGCAUAGUCUUGCUUCCCAGCUUUAGCUCAUGUUUUAUAUUCAACUUAGUGUAUCUGAAUUUCUGUAGCUCACUUCAUAGAUGUGAUUUUUUUAAAUUAAAU